UGUAACUGAGCAUCAGUUUGUUGCUAUGGAGACGCAUCACACAGCUGCUGGCACUCUUGAUGUAAAUGAUCACACACUCAGUCCUUACGCUGACACCACUGGUCAUGACAGCUUGACAGGUGCGAGUGUGCAGACAGAUACGGCAGGUGCACCCGGUGAAUCUGUGACAGAUGGAAAUGUUCAGACAGAUAUGAGCCGUUUAGCUGUGACUGAUGGAUUGCUAAAGUAUACAGAUUCUGUGCAUGAGACGGGGACUGGAUAUACAGAUGCCUCACAGACACAUAGUGAUGUGGUACAGACACAUUUACCAGCCACAGGAGAUCCAUUGGCAGUUUCUUCACAGACAGAUGUCAUGGGCACAGCCUCAGCUGAACCUCAAGGGACUCUCGGGAGUCCAACAGGCCGUCCUGGUGCUACAGAACAGACACAGACAGCUGUAUCAGCAGGUGAACAGUACCACACAUCAGGUCAGGGUCCUGAAGGUGCAGAAAAUGUGGAACUGGAAGAUACCUGCUGACUUUCACAUGAAGCCUCGUGUGAAGUUACUGCGUUACAGGUUUCAGUGUAUAGACCAGAACGCCUGGCAGAGGAAUCGUAAACCCGCUCGCUAGACUUUAGCCGAUGUCUUUGUGUGUCUGUGUGUGUGUUCGUGUGUCCAUUUGUUUUAUUUAAACAUUCAGAUAAUACUGUAAGUUAACUUUAUAUUGCGCCUGUUUAUAAAAGUGCCCUUAAAUUGUUUCUUUAGUACAAUCGAGAGGAGAGAAAUUUGAAAUGACAAAGCUCAAUUUGAUCAAUAUUGUGACAUUUCGUACAAUCCAAGUAAACACGCUGUGUAAAUGCAUUCGUUUUUUUAUCCCCUGUAAUGUUGCUUUCUUGCCUAGAUGUUGAAGCAAUAAUCUUUUCAAACAUCAAAAAUUGUAUAUUGCUGAAUGUCUUAUUGAAAAUAAUCUUUACA